AUGUCAACUGGCGUCAAGAAAUGGAAGGUGCUCCUAGAGGUACUCAGGAGCAACCCCCGAACUGUUGAUACAACAGAGAAAUGGGCAAAAGCUGUGCGACACAUUCAAAAAAAUAUGUGUGCCAUGGAAACAGGCAAAGACAACCCUGAAUUUGCAGCCAAUGUAGGCGACUACUUGGGCCCUGGGGAAAUCGUAGUCCCAGGCACCGGGCUGGUAAAGAAGGCCUGUUCCGUUACCGUGGCUCCGGCAGCUGUCACAGGAGCCCAGAUCGUGGGUGCAGCCACCACAGGUGUCUUCCUCCUGGUGGAUGUGGGCUUCCUAGUGAAGGAGUCAAUGCACGUGCAUAAUGGUGCAAAGGCAGAGCCUGCUGAAAACCUGAGGCAGUUGGCCAGGGAGCUGGAGAGGAAUUUGCAGGAGCUCAACAAGAUGUAUGAACUUCUGCAGUAG